AGACUUACCUCAUCUGGUCACGGGGAAAAACAUGGCUACUUGCAUAUUGAGCUUUUGCACCGCUUUCUAACGUUAUAGUCAUAUACAUCUCCCAUCGUUGCAUAUUCCCACCGAAUAUUCUGUGUGUUGUCGUUAAACAAAAUCAUGGCUUCGGCGUUCGUGGUUGGAGAUCAAUUCCGAAAUAGAGUGUCAGGACUGUUGGAACAGACGGACUCGUCUCUGCCCGAAGAGCUGAGAACACAACUGGGUAUUCUACUUGAAAAGAAAGGACAGAUUACCCUGCCAUUUAGUACAGCGCGACAAUUGAAAAAGUAUCUUCAAGAUGAAGGGCAUCCAUUCUAUUUGCAUGACUUGUUGGAGGAUAGUUCAUUGCACCUGCCGGAGGUUGUGAAGCCCCCCAGAAACCCUGAGCUGGUUGCACGCUUGGAAAUCAUUAAAGCCAGACUAGCAAACGAGGAAUACAAUAAGAUGACUCGUAACGUAAACACUCAGGAAAUGAACCGUAAUGGAACACUGGCAGAUUUGGGACAGCAAGUACGAUCAGCCAAAGCAGUGGUUGUGACUGUUUUCAACUUCCUGGUGACUGUAAUCGCUACAUUUGCCUGCUCCUACAUGGGCAGUCAGUACCUAUUCACUGAAACAACAGCGAGAGUAAUAUCUGCUGUGAUCGCAACAUCUGUAGUGGGGUUAGCUGAGCUGUAUGUCCUGGUCCGGACCAUGGAGGGGGAACUCGGUGACCCCUAGCACAACAAACAAGGGAACUACACUAAAGUAAAAAAGGGAAACUCCAUUUAAGAGCAGCCUUUUAAUAAGGUCACACUGUAUUAACAUUAUAUGGACCAAGAGAGUCUUCACAUUUAAACGACACCAAUUUCCACUUUGCUAUUAGGCAGGGCUUUUGGCACCCUCUUAUGGCAACCUAUGGCAUUGCUGAAAAAGCACAACUGCGAAUAGGGCAGUUUUUUGGCAAAAUUUUAUUCAGAAAUGGCUUUGAACGUAUUUUUGAUGCUGGUUUACAAAAAUUUAGUUAUUUUUUUCUUAAGUUUGAGCCAUAUAAGUAUACAAAUUUACAGAUACAAAUACUAGAAAUUUUACCAUGUGUUUGAUUUAUAGUUAUAAUGUUUUAGAAAAAGAAUCUUCCUGUUGCGAACCCUAACUCUUAAUUCAUAAAUAUUACAUAUACAGUAAUAUAUAUAUUAUACAUACUUUAUUAUGACAUUAUUAUUAUUAUUAUGAAAAUUUAAUGUGCUAGAGAAAAAAAAGCCAUGUUUGGAGUCUCAUUACGAAUUGGAGCUCUGAUGAAAAUAUUUAGUCUGUUUGUUGACGAGUGUUGUCGAAUACCAUUUUUUUAAUUUUUACUGCUUUUUAUUUAUUAUCUCUGUUUUUCCUAGAAACCAAAAUAUAAAAUAUUAUUAUCAUGAAUAAAUGAACACCUGUGAUUUUCUUUUGAUCCUGAUAAUAUUAAUAAAGCCAUGCAUCUGUAUAUGACUCUAAUUGAAUGAUGAUGAUCAGUUGAACAGUACGUAUACUCAAUGUCAUAAGCUAUUAAUUUGGUUAUUAAAUUUGAUCAUUUUAUUCUA